AUGGUGCGGGGCUUCGUGCUGCUGGCGCUGGGGCGCGCGCGGAGCCGAGUCCUCUACUCGCGGCUGUUCGCGCCCGAGGGGCAGCGGGAACCCGAACCCGGACCCGAGCCCCAGCCCGAGCCCGAGGCCCAGCCCGAACCCGGAUCCGGACCCGAGGCCCAGCCCGAACCCGAACCCGGAUCCGGACCCGAGGCCCAGCCCGAACCCGAACCCCAGCCCGAGCCCGAGGAGCGGCUGCCCUCAGCCGAGCCCGACCAGGCCGGCCCUGCCCUCGGCCCUCAGCGCUGCCGGCUGUGGGGAAAGGAGCAGCUGACGGCCGUGGCCAGGCAAGUGUCUUCCUCCUGUAUUUUGGCUCGACAAGCAGCAGAUAAGCCACUCUUUGACUCUGGGGCAGCGGUAGGCGAGGAAUCCGUUCGGUCUCAGGAGCCGGAUUUGGGCGUGUUCCGACUCUCUGCCGGCGAGAUUUUCAGCGAAGAAACGGUAGUUGUAUGGCUGGGUGUCCUUUCUCUGGGCUUUGCCCUGGUCUGUGACCCUCACGAGAACCUGGCGCUGGCAGAAAACACCCUCCGACUGCUGGUGAAGUACCUCAAGGAGCAUCUGAAGCUGCUCGUCCAAAGCAAUGACAUUGUGCUCAAGACCGAUAGAAUUGAGGCCAUCCUGAACACGUUCUUGCCACAUGGCCAGCUGAUGUUUGUUAACUGCUGUUUCAUUCAGAGUCUGGAGAAAGAACUCAACGCUUCCAUAUGCAAGUAAGACCAAAGCAGUAACUGCUGAAGAUGCUCAGCGGUUUCAGAGAGCCCAGAGUGUUUUAGGCUUAUUCAUACCUGAAAUGUUUAAGAAGGAACUGCAGAUGCUGGUUUACACUGAGGAUAGACACAAAAUGGUGGAGUAACUCAGCAGGUCAGACAGCAUCUCUGGAGAGGAUGGGAAGGUAUGAUGAGUGGGAUAAUUUGGGAAGUCAGGGAAAGGGAGUAAUGUGGUAGAUAUCUAUGUUGGAGGGAUGUGGGGAGAGGUCGAGAGAGCUCCUGUUGAAAUAUGUAGGAAGGAACUGCAGAUACUGGUUUAAACCAAAGACAGACACAAAAAGCUGGAGUAAGUCAGCGGGACAGGCAGCAUCUUUCGACAGACGAAUGGGUUAUGUUUCGGGUUGAGAUUUAGGGGAGAGGGAGACCCUAGUCUAAAGAAAGGUCUCGACCCGAAAUGUCACCUUUUCCUUUUCUCCAGAGACGCUGCCUGUUCUGUUGAAAUGUGCUGCUUGAUGUCCCAUCACAAUAGGAGUGUGAGCAUUAUUACAGAGUCAUUCAGUGUGGAAACAGGCCCUUCGGCUCAACCAGCCCACAUUGGCCAACAUGUCCCAUCUACACUAGUACCACCUGCCUGCAUUUAACCCACAUCCCCCUAAACUUGUCCUAUCCAUGUAACUGUCUAAACGUUUCUUAAACUUUGCGAUAGUACGUGCCUCAACUACCUCCUCCGGCUGCUCGUUCCAUACACUUACCACACUUUGCUUGAAAAAGUUACCCCUCAAGUUCCUAUUAAAUCUUUUCCCCUCACCUUAAACCCAUGUCUUCUGGUUCUCGAUUCCCCAACUCUGUGCAAGAGGCUGUGCAUCAACCCAAUCUAAUUCUCUCAUGAUUUUGUACACUUCUAUAAGAUCACCCCUCAUCCUCCAAGGAAUAGAGUCCUAGCCUGCUGAACCUCUCUUGCUCAGGCCCUUGAGUCCUGAGAAGGAAUGAAUAACAUUUCGGGUCAAGACCCUUUUUCUGAAAGCACUGAAAUGUUAACUGUUUCUCUGAUCAAAGAUACAACCUGACCUGCUGAACAUAGUCAGUGUUAUUUUUGAUAUGUAUUAGCAGAUGCCAGGUGUUAUCUUUGCAAAGCUCCAGCUUUCCUGCCUGCUUUACUGUUGCUGUCCCACCCUGUUGAAUGUACGGGCCUUUCCUGGCAGGUAGAUCACCUCAUCAGUUGCUCGUUCAUCCUGAACAUGGACAAGAUGUAUGAUGUGGGAUAACACAUCUCAUAAGUUCAUAAGUGAUAGUAACAGAAUUAGGGCAUUCGGCCCAUCAAGUCUACUCCACCAUUCAAACAUGGCUGAUCUAUCUCUCUCUCUCCUAACCCCAUUCUCCUGCCUUCUCCCCAUAAC